AUGGUCAGCAGUAAAACACAGCUUGCCGAGUUGCAGGAAUAUUUCAAAGGGCACAACAAAAGCAGAGAAGCAUCAAAGGCACACACGGCGAAGGUACAUUCGGUCGGCUGGAACUGCGAUGGACGCCGUCUGGCAUCCGGUUCGUUCGACAAAACGGUGGCCGUGUUUACGCUUGACCGUGAUCGUUUGAACAAGGAGAGCACCUACCGCGGCCAUACCGGUUCAGUGGAUCAGUUGUGUUGGCAUGCGUCGAUGCCGGAUUUGUUAAGCACAGCCAGUGGCGAUAAAACGGUCCGCAUAUGGGAUGUACGGGUGGGCAAAUGUGCGACAUUCAUAAAUACGAAAGGUGAAAACAUUAACAUUACCUGGUCCCCGGAUGGGCACACGAUAGCGGUCGGCAACAAGGAGGAUUUGGUCACGUUCAUCGACACGCGCACGCACAAAAUUCGUGCCGAGGAGCAGUUCAGCUUUGAGGUGAAUGAAAUCGCCUGGAGCAAUGGAAGUGAUUUGUUUUUCCUCACCAAUGGACAGGGAUGUGUGCACAUUCUGAACUACCCGAACCUGGAACUCCAACAAGUCCUGAAAGCGCACCCAAGCACCUGCAUCUGCAUCGAGUUUGAUCCGACUGGGAAGUAUUUUGCGACCGGUUCUGCCGACGCACUGGUUUCACUGUGGGAUGCGGAAGAGUUGGCCUGUUUGAGGGUGUUUUCCCGGCUCGACUGGCCGGUGCGUACGAUUUCCUUCAGCCACGAUGGAAAACUGUUGGCUUCGGCAAGCGAGGAUUUGAUUAUCGACAUAGGUGACACGGAAACUGGGGAGAAGGUGGCAGAUAUUUCUGUCGAUGCGGCCACCUUUACCGUUGCUUGGCACCCGAAACAAUAUAUCCUAGCAUAUGCCUGCGAUGAUAAGGAUACGAACGAUAGGCGAAGGGAUGCCGGUAGUUUAAAAGUGUGGGGAUUUUCGGAAUAA